ACUUGAACUUGCAGACGCGUGUUGCCAGUGGGCGCGUGCUGCUUUGCACUCAAACGACGCAUUCUCCUCCGACCACCGUUGCGCAGAAGGCACGAGAGGGAGGGACCAUCGAGAAUGGAGAACCCGCACGCGGAACGCCAGAAUGUCCUCCUACAACGUAUUAUCAAGAAUGCGGACAAGUGUACUGAGACGGUCGUGGAGCUAAACCGCUGUCUAGAAGAGAUCAUACGGGCGAAUGCUCACGUCAAAACAGCAGCGGAUCUGGUGACCAAGUACAGAAAGAAUGUCCAAUAUAACCUGGAGGCUACUCGGGCCGCGGACCCAGAAGAUUCUGCUCAAGAGUCGGAGGAGAGACGUGCAUGAAGACUGGGCGACUUGGCACCAGCGAGCGGUGCAACGGUGCCAUAUCCUGCCUGAAUUGGCGCGCCCGACACCAAGGCGCAUCACGCCUCAUGAUAUGACGGUGGCCGAAUCGACUCAGCAUAUCAAAGAUUCGUCUCAUCAGCCUGUAUCGUUAGUGAACUGUGUUUCUGCUCUGUGUUGUAUUCGAGUGAUGAAUCCCCUGAAACACCCUCCCUGGAAUGCCUACCUGCCGACC